AUGUUCAACUCGGUGAACCUGGGCAACUUCUGCCCCUCGCAGUCGCGCAAGGAGCGCGGAGGCGGAGGAGGAGGCGGCGGCGGCGGCGACUUCGCGGAGCGAGGGGGCUGCGCGUCCAACCUCUACCUGCCCAGCUGCACCUACUACGUGCCCGACUUCCCCUCCGUGCCCUCCUUCGCCCCGGCUCGCCAGAUCUCCUACCCGUACCCCGCCAACCUGGCGCAGGUGCCCCGCGAGGUGCCCUACGCGCUGGAGCCCUCGGGGAAAUGGCACCCGCGCGGGAAUUACGCGGCGUGUUACUCCGCCGAGGAGCUGAUGCACCGCGAGUGCAUCCCGCCCGCCGAGAUGCUGCUGAAGAACGAGAGCUACCACCACCACCACCACCACCACCACCACCACCAGCACGCCCCGGCCCCUCCGGCCGCGCCGCCGGCGGCCUCGGGGUUUUACCCCGCCGUCGGCAAGAACUCGGUGCUGCCGCAGGGCUUCGAUCGGUUCUUCGAGAGCUCCGCGUUCUGCGGCGCCGAGGGAGCGCCCGGCAAAGGGGACGAGGGGAAGAGCGCGGAGGGCAACGCGCAGGAGGAGGAGGAGGAAGAGGAGGAGGAGGAGAGCGCCAACCCCGGCUCGGCCUCGGCGUCCUCCUCGUCGGGAGCCAAGGAAGGCUCCAAGAGCGGAGCUCAGAGCGCUCCCAGGACGAGGAAGAAGCGCUGCCCCUACUCCAAAUUCCAGAUCCGGGAGCUGGAACGGGAAUUCUUCUUCAACGUCUACAUCAACAAGGAGAAGCGGCUGCAGCUGUCGCGGAUGCUGAACCUCAGCGACCGCCAGGUCAAGAUCUGGUUCCAGAACCGCCGCAUGAAGGAGAAAAAGCUCAGCCGGGACCGCCUGCAGUAUUUCUCUGGGAACCCCUUGUUGUGA